AUGUCAGAAACCUCAGAAGCCGAGAAAAGACGUAUUUUACGGGAAAGAAGACAACAAAAAUUCGGCAAUGGUGGAGGGUCGUCAAGAUUAGCGAAGAUUACAGGUCAAACGGAUAACAGCUUUUUGUCCACAGACUCGCCUCUCGACUCUAAUAGCUCAAGUCCAGGUCCAGUGGCACAAAAGGACAAUCAAGAGUCUACUAAAGAGAUGGACGAGCUGCUCGCUCGUUUGGCCCAAAACGAGUCCAAACAUGUCAAGGAUGUGGGCCCCAAAUCAUCUGCUAAAAGCCCAGAACUGGACCUGUUCGCACAGCUCGUCAAAAUGCAAGGCGGUGAUGCUUCCACUCAGGGUGCGACCCCUGAAACACCGGAUCUUUUCGCUGAAUUGAUGAAAUCGAUGCAAGCUGAUUCCCAACAAGGUGCACAACCUGAUUUUCCUUUUGGGACUUGCCAACCACCUAUCGACGCUGCAGUUCUCGCAGCACAUAAUGCUUCCGUGAACAAACUUAAGGCCUACACCAUCAUAGUCAAGUGGGUGUUCUUCAUUCUGCCCUACAUCUACUACACAACCCAUGCUGCUCGCAAGACUUUUGAAUCUAGCGACAUGGAGGCUGUGACCAGCAAAUUUAGCUUUUUCACCAUCUUCACAACGUUUGAAAUCGUCACACUCUCCGUAUACUACCAGCUUUUGCUUUCUGCUGAGAAAUCCCAUCACAUCAACACGCUGAAUAGUAACAGCAAGAUUUUGAGCCUUGUUUCAAUGAUUCCUCCCGGCUUGGUUCCUAUCAAGAAUCUGCCAGGGAAAACCUCUCAGGCGCUGCAAUACUGGGAUGUGCUUUCCAUGUACCUUACCGAUCUGGCCUUUACCAUUUUGCUCAUCGGCCUUUUUCAAUACUAUUGGUCAACUUAA